AUCCCAACUGGUCAUCAGUCAGCCUGAACGUUCUGCGCGAUUGUGAAUUUGGAACACUCGAUUAUCUCUCCGGAAUCCGAGGCUGUGAGUGAAGCUAGUGAUACUAGCCCGGGUCCACAACACAUUGGCAUCUGUCAUGGGCCAACUCUGCGCACGAUUGAAGGACUAGCAGGUCAGCGGAGGAUUGAAGACGCCAUCCGAGACGAGGGCGGCACCCAUUCACCCAGUGCCAUCCUCUCCCUCACGAAACGAGGCGGACCACAAACCUCAGGAUCAUCCUCCAUCAAUCACCCACACCCCCUUUCCCCCAUCUUCCUACUCUUAUUGGACAGACUCGAGAGCCCUGAACUCCUCCGCCGUCUAAAUCACCGCCCAGGAUUAGGGCUUGAUUAACCCGUGCCCCGGAAAGUGACGCUGACUGACCCGUCAGACCCGUCAGACCCGUCAGACCCGUCAGACCCGUCGGAGGCAGGAAAAUGGAAUCGUCGCUGACGUUUCUGGAUCCUGAGGACCAGGAAUUGGCCUUGGGCGACACGCAAGGCGAUGAUUUCGCCUUCCAGUUUACGCUGCCCUCGCAGAGUCAAAGCCACAACACGGGCACGAUGCCCACGGGUCUAGGACGGUCGGAUUUCGACUUGGGCGGGUUUGGAGCCCACGCCUUGUCCCAAUCCCAAUCUCAGAGUGUUGCCGGGGUGGGCGGCGCCUUUUUGGCCAACGGCGGCUCCAAUCUCCUCUUGUCCGAAACCACGCACGAACUCCAAUUUGAAGAUGAAGACGAGGCGGAGCUACGACGGGAGGCGCGUGGACGGACGCCAACCCAGACGGGGCCGACGAGGCCGAUGGGGCCGACGGGGGCCACUGCGGAAGUCAUGAGCCCCGCUCUUGGAGCGGCUACGAUGGGUCCGUCUCAAGAAACCGGUUUGGCCUUGGUGGAAGGGGAAGUGCCAGCCACCGCUUGCAAAUAUUGCGGCAUCCACGACCCGGCCAGCGUCGUUUUGUGCGCCAUUUGCCAAAAGUGGUUUUGCAAUGGGCGGGGCAAUACUUCCGGUUCGCAUAUUGUCAACCAUCUGGUGCGAGCCAAGCACAAGGAGGUCAUCUUACACAAAGACGGGCCUUUGGGUGAGACCAUUCUCGAGUGCUACUCGUGUGGCACCCGCAACGUGUUUGUGUUGGGCUUCAUUCCGGCCAAAGCCGAUUCGGUCGUCAUCUUGUUGUGUCGCCAUCCGUGUUCCUCGCAAAAUGCGCUCAAGGACAUGAACUGGGAGCAAGACCAAUGGCGUCCGCUCAUCCACGACCGCUCCUUUCUGUCCUGGUUGGUCAAAGUGCCGUCCGAUGCCGAGCAACUCCGGGCUCGCCAAAUCAGCGCCACCCAAAUGAACAAGCUCGAGGACAUGUGGAAAGAUAAUGUGGAAGCCGAUUUUGUCGACCUAGAGGCCCCUGGCCGCGAUGAUGAGCCCGCGCAAGUCUUGCUCCGUUACGAAGACGGUUAUCAGUAUCAAAACAUUUUUGGCCCAUUGGUCAAGUUGGAGGCGGAUUAUGACAAAAAGUGGAAAGAAUCCCAAACCCAAGAGAACAUCGACGUGCGUUGGGAUCAGGGCUUAAACAAAAAGCGCAUUGCUUACUUCAAUUUGCCGAAGAACGACACCGACUUGAAACUCAUGCCCGGCGAUGAAUUGCGAUUGCGCUAUUUAGGCGAUCGUCAACGGCCCUGGUCCGGCGUAGGUCAUGUCAUCAAAGUUCCCGAUAAUUUCGGCGAUGAAGUGGGCAUUGAAAUGAAAAGUAAUGCAGGCAUCCCAUCCGAUUGCACAAACAACUUUGUCAUCGAUUUCGUAUGGAAAGCUACGAGUUUCGACCGAAUGCAGAAUGCCUUGAAGAAAUUCGCUGUGGACGACUCGUCCGUGUCCACGUAUAUCUACCAUAAGCUUUUGGGUCAUGAUGUCGAGGAUGUGGUGUUUCGUUCCCAAUUACCUCGCCACUUCUCGGCCACGAAUUUGCCCGAAUUGAACCGAUCCCAAGUAUUUGCCGUCAAGCACGCCCUUCAACGACCACUUUCCCUCAUUCAGGGGCCCCCAGGCACGGGCAAGACCGUCACCUCGGCCACGAUCGUGUUCCAAUUGGUUAAGCAAAGCGGGGGACCCGUGUUGGUGUGUGCACCGUCUAACACGGCCGUUGACCAACUCACUCAAAAGCUGGAUCAAACUGGCCUAAAAGUGGUGCGAGUAUGUGCCAAGUCGAGGGAGGCCAUCGACUCUCCAGUGGGACACUUGGCGCUCCACAACCAGAUCAAGAAUCUGGAGGGAUUCUCGGAACUAAGAAAACUUCAACAGUUGAAGGACGAAACAGGAGAGUUGUCGUCAAGUGACGAGAAACGCUUUCGAGCUCUGCGCAAACAAGCCGAGAAAGAUCUUUUGGAUGUGGCCGAUGUUGUUAGUUGCACUUGCAUUGGUGCGGGAGAUCCUCGCCUGACGCGAAUGAGAUUUUCCUCUAUCCUCAUCGAUGAGAGCAUGCAAGCCACCGAACCCGAGUGCAUGGUUCCUGUCGUUCUAGGAGCUAAGCAACUCAUCCUAGUCGGCGAUCAUUGCCAACUCGGCCCCGUGGUGAUGUGCAAGAAAGCUGCCAAGGGAGGACUGAGCCAAUCCUUGUUUGAGCGGCUUGUCGUGCUAGGAAUUCGUCCCUUGAGAUUGGAAGUUCAGUAUCGAAUGCACCCCGAGUUAUCUGCCUUCCCAUCCAACUUCUUUUACGAUGGUACACUCCAAAAUGGUGUGAGUGGCGAAGAUCGUCGGUUAAACAUCGAUUUCCCUUGGCCUCAGCCGGAAAAACCGACGUUCUUUUAUGCCUCUACUGGUCAAGAAGAGAUUGCGGGAUCGGGAACGUCUUAUCUUAACCGGACUGAAGCAUCAAAUGUCGAGAAGUUAACCACAAACUUCAUUAAAGCGGGCAUAAAAUCGGACCAAAUUGGAAUAAUCACGCCUUAUGAAGGGCAAAGAGCGUACUUGGUGCAAUUCAUGCAAUAUCAAGGUCCGCUUCACUCGAAAAUAUAUCAGAGCAUCGAAAUUGCGAGCGUAGAUGCGUUCCAAGGCCGAGAGAAGGAUAUCAUCAUUAUAUCCUGUGUCCGAUCCAAUGAUUAUCAAGGCAUUGGCUUUCUCGCAGAUCCACGAAGACUGAACGUGGCUUUAACUCGGGCCAAAUAUGCGGCUAUUGUUGUUGGGAACCCGAAAGUUCUGGCCAAGCAAUUGUUAUGGAACCACUUAUUGCAACAUUACAAAGACAAUGGAAUCCUAGUGGAAGGUCCCAUCAACAACAUGAAAGUAUCUCCUAUUCAAUUCCCAAAACCGAAGCGCCUCAACAACGCAUUCAACCCAGGGACCCAUUUCAUGAACACCUCGACCUUUAAUGCUAAGGAGGCUUUAGCCACUCCGUUCCAAGCGUCAUCCCAUCCAGGAGGAGGAAGUAGAGCCAAUAGCAACCAUCACCUGAACUUGGGUAGAAAUGGCCCUCAAAAUAGCUCAAGCAACUUCCAUCGUGGUCAAUAUGUGGGACAUGACAAUAUGAACACCAUUCAGGAUGAUUUUGGAAAAAUGCAAGCCACUCUUGGUAACAUGCCUAUUCCUGUGGGCAUGUUUGUCAACAUGUCACACAUUCCACCGCGAUUCUUCAACAAAUCUGAUCCUAGGACCAAUCAUUACCGUGGACAUGGAGGAGCAAGUAACACGCAAUCGAGCAUGUUAUCGCAAGAGGGCGAUAGAACCCAGAACAACACACUGACCCAAAGCAAUAAUUUGUCUUUGGCAAUGUCACAGAACGAGUUUGGAUCCGAUUUCUCUCAAAACGAAAUGUCCCAGGAUGUGGGGAGGAACCGCUCUACCAUGGAUGGAUUUCUUUCACAAGAUUCCAUGUACCAGGGACCAAGAUUUCACUCCCAAAAUUGAUGAAAACAAACAUGAACAAGACGACACAGAAGAAGAAAAGAUAACGACGAGAAGGAAAGGUUCAUGAGGAAAUCCUGUACUCUCGCCGUCAUUGGAGAGUCUGGUCUUGUCGGCUAGAAAUUCCGAAUGGAGCUUCCAAAGACAGAGUCGGAAGAAGUUGACGACGGUAUCGAAGGGCUGUCUGAACAUAGAAGAUCGGUUCCAACAAUUGAGACAUGCUAUUUUAGGAUCCUUUUUCCUCUACAGCAGAGCAGGAACAUAUUUGGGACUGCUCCCGGGUGCUUCUGCUCCUGCCAUUGCUAUUCAAUGAUUCUCUUGAGAAUGGUUCUUCAUCGGGACCAUUUCAAACCUGGAUUUGCCAUUCCAAGAUCAUCCGGUUUGGCGAUGGUCGAUUUAGACCAUUCCAUUACUCGUACACUGUCCUACUAAAGUGAACCGUACAGUACUCUUGCAUACAUGUAUCACCAUCAUUACAAACCAGUGCACCGUGUUGAUUUGUGUUUCUUUAACCCAUAAAUUUGGUCUCAACCGA